AUGAAAAGUGAAGCAAUUUUAAACUAUUCUUCCGCCAGUAACUUUCUAACUUGCUAUCGAGAACAAGGGAUCGAGCACCUCACGAGUAGAAUCGAAUCUUCGAUCGUUGAACUCAAUCAUUGAAACGUUCAUAUUUUCAAUGACACUUGAAUCUAAAGCAAGAUAAUUUCGAAUGUUUCAUAAGUAAUUAUAUUUUUAAGUAGACUUGAACAUUGAAUUUUUAAAGCAGAAUUUCCUACAAGCAUCUGUCAGCAUCUAUUACGUUUUUGACCAAACAAAGCAUUGUCCUGUAACUCUUAUUUAUCUUUAUUGCCAGAAUUCCCUCUAAUUAUACUGAAAUAUUGCAAUUGAAAUUAAUGAAUUGUUGCAAAUAUGGAUUCGUAAAUACAUAGUGGACUCGAUCCCUGCUGAAUGCAAUAAAUUCACGUUUCGUGUCGCUUGUAGGACGAAAAAACUGAUAAGAAACGCGAUUUUAAGCAACAAGUUCCUCGAAGAUCUCGACGAGUCGCGAAUAGAGAAACUCAUUUCGGUGAUGUAUCCACAAGAAGUAAGAGUCAACACGCGGAUCAUUCACGAAGUCAACAACGAAAUAUAAACUCUGGUCGUUGUCCAUUGGGACCAGGAUCCCAUUUGUACGUUUCGGAAGAGGGAACCUUCGAAAUUUACGUAGGCAACACGUAUUACGGAAGCUUUGGCCCUGGCGUCGCCUUUGGAGAACUGGCCUUGUUGUACAACACCAAGAGACAGAGUUCAAUCCAUGCAAGUACAAAUGGGAAAUUAUGGGUGUUGGAGAGAUGCGCGUUUCAAGCGAUAAUGUUGAAAAGCAACGAAGAAUCGUUGGAGCAGAAUUUAAAAAUUCUCCGCCAGAUUGAUAUCUUCAGAGAACUACCGGAGGAGAUUCUUCUGAAAAUAUGCGAUCUUAUAAUGGUGGAAUUUUAUCCAGCAAACACGUACGUGGUUCGAGAAGAAGAAAGGGGGGAUAAGUUCUACAUUAUAAACGGUGGAAGCGUGAGAAUCACGAGGAAUAGAUCAAGCGGCAUGGAAGAGGAGCUAAUGAUCCUUGAAAAGGGUGACUAUUUCGGUGAAAAGGCACUGUACUCCGAGGAGUUUCGUCGACAAGCGAAUGCCAUCGCAAUGGCUCCUGGACUGGAAUGUUACACUAUUGAAAAAAAAGCGUUCCUAGAUUAUCUCGGUGAAUUGGAUUCGAUCAAAAAUAAAAAUUGGUCAGCAUAUCAAAGUGUAAUCGAAACGGAUGAAUGGGAUGACGAGUUUAAAAAGAUAACUCUGCCUGAUAUUGAAUCUGAAGGAAUACUCGGAACUGGGGGUUACGGCAGAGUGGAGCUGGUUGUUGUCAAGUCGAUCGCUAAUAUUAGUUUUGCCAGGAAAAAGGUGGAGAAGCAUAUGAUCACGCAGGGUGGCUUUCAGAAAAUGAUUUACAAUGAGAAGAAUAAUUUGAAACUGUGUGAUUCACCAUUUACCUGCAAACAAAAGAUACCUAUAUUUCCUGUUGGAAGCGUGUUUAGGAGGAGAUUUAAGAACAGCCUUAUAUAGACAUGGUCGAUUCAAUAAUUCAACAACUCGAUUCGUAAUCGCUUGUGUCAUAGAAGGUCUUCGACAUCUCCAUUCACUGGGCAUCAUUUACAGAGAUCUAAAACCUGAGAACAUCACUGAUUUUGGCUCCAGUAAAAAGAUUGGUCCUUACAAGACGAAGACUUUUAUGGGUACACCAGAAUAUUUGGCUCCAGAAAUCAUUCAAAGUAAACUUUACGAUCAAGCUGUCGACUAUUGGGCUCUUGGGAUUCUUACGUACGAAAUGUUAACAAAUCGAACGCCUUUUCAAGAUGUAAAUGAUAUCGAAGUGUAUAAAAAUAUUCUUCGUGGCUUUAAAGACGUGGUUAUACCAUCCAUCAUUAAAAGCGCGGCGAAGAGUUUCAUCAAAUCUCUAUUACAAGAUGAUCCAUAUAAAAGACUCGGUUGUUUACGAUACGGUGUUGCCGAUAUUCAUAAUCACAAGUAUUUAUUAUUAAUCUAUUAUUAUUAUAUUUAUUAUAUCUUUAUUAUUAUUAUCUUCAUUAUUAUUAUAUUUAUUAUAUAAGAUAUAUUUAUUAUAUCUUUAUUGUUAAUCUAUCGAAUGUAUUAUUAAUACAAAAAAAAAUUUAUAGAAUAUUUAUUAAUGUAUAAUUUAAAUCCUGAUGAACUACAUAUUUUAAAUUAAUUUCAGGUGGUUCCAUCACUUUAACUGGCAAGAAUUACAAAAUCAAACAAUGCUUUCCCCUAUUGUCCCAACGGUAUAUAAAAAAAAUGAUCAGAAUAUUAUAUUAUUUUUGAAAUAAUUAACCUUUAAUUACCGAUUCAUUUACAGGUGAAAAAUCAUCUUGAUUUAAGGAAUUUCGAUAAAUAUCCUCCAAACUAUAAAGCUGUACCAGCUGAUUUUUCCGACUGGGACACAAAUUUCUAA